GAAAUAUUGGCUUAAUAAAAUUACCAAGCAGGUUGGGACAACUCGAUAUAAUAUCCCAGCUAUCAUAACAAACAAACAAACAAACAAACAAGGACCACGGCGUCUAUAAAACUGGACUAAUGUAAUAAGGAUCGAAUCAAGACUAAACGGGACUGAAAGUACGGACAGUUCAACAAUAUAAGGGCAUAUUAUUCAACACUCUAAACAAAAGUCGCCAUGCACAGUGAUAAUAGCAAAUGACUGGAUUUUUAGUCCUCAAGUGCACUGUGAGAGAGUAAAAUUAUUAAAACUGAUACAUCAACGUCUUUGUUUUUCGGUGCGUCUCGUGAUUGAAAUAGUGAAAGUGAAAAUAUUUCAGCAGGAACAACGUCUUCUCGAUUGUCUCGGAUCAAUUCAGGCAGAGAUACAAGGGACUGCCUUUAGUGAAUAUCUGUUACCAAAUGACAUAACAUGGGUUAUUGAUUAUUCAAACAUAUAACCUAACAGACGCUUGUGACUUAACUAUUAGUAGAACUGACAAGUAUGAUGGAAUGAUGGUAUUAUAAACUUGAGGGGUCAUUUAGAUGAGUGUCGUUAGCCUCAAAUAUUUAUAGACAACCAAUCAACGGGAACAUCAUCGCCAGUACGCCAAUCAAGUAUUAAGCUCAGAAAAGACAUCGCCAGCAAUUCACAAUACUAAUAUGGCCCCGAAUGACACAAACAUGAAUAUUACCGGGAACUCGAGCGACUCCACGGAGACGGGGACAUUGUCCACCUUGGUUCUGACGAUCGUGAUAUGCGAGGCCAUCUUAAUGGUAGUCAUUUGCUGUGGCAACGUUCUGGUCAUUGCGGCUUUUUACAGAAACGCGGCGCUGAGGACGGUCACCAACUUUUUCAUCCUCCACCUCGCUGUUGCGGAUACAUGUGUCGGGGCCACGAUGCCGUUCCACAUCUAUAUCUUCUUUGAUAGACGGAUACUAGGGAACAUUUAUGUUUGUGUGUUUAGGUAUUCGUCCAUUACCGUCACAUUAACAGCCUCAGUCCUGUUUCUCCUGGCCAUUGCUGUCGACCGCCACGUGUCAAUCGUACACCCACUACGCUACCACGUGCUCAUGACGCAAUCAAGAGCCCGGAUAAUCGUCACCGCAGUGUGGCUCUCGUCUAUCGGGUUUGCCUUCGUUAUCCCAAUGGUUUGGCAUAAUUCCUGGGAAGACAUUCCAGACAGGGACUGUGACUUUGGAAAAGUCAUGCCAUGGGUUUAUUUAGCGUGGUUGGUGCCUUUAUUUAUCAUAAACACCCUUGCCAUUCUUGGGCUCUACGGUAGGAUAUUUUACAUAGCUCACGAGCGAGCGCAUCGGAUUCAAAGGUACAAUACACAACCGAGAUUGGCAUUUACUACGAACUUAAAGAUAGCGAAAACAGCAGCCAUCGUGUUAGGACUCUUUAUGCUAUGCUGGUAUCCGUUCUAUUUGAUAACGGCCAUUCAGGUGUACGGUGGGUUGAUAUACUCCGAGACUUGGGAAGAAUGGCGCAGUUACGCCACUAUCUUAGCUAUAGCGAACUCGGCACAGAACCCGGUGGUUUACGCAUUCAGAAUGAAAGCGUUUAGAAACGAAUUCAAGAAACUGCUUCGUAUAAAGCCUUCACAGAAACCAAACGUCGACUUGGAACGUUCUGUCACUACUCAGGUUGGGGAUGGGAAUGGCAGGGAUGCCAGAAGCGCGUUAGACAAUGGUGCCAGUCACAGCGAAGCAGCGUAACACAAU